AUGGUGUCAUCAGCAUCAUCAUAUCAACUAGUUAUAAUAAUCUUGUUGGUGUCAUUAUCAUUAUUUGGCUUUGUACCCUUUGUCUCAUCAGCAGUAUUGAAUAGUGUUGAAUUGGCAUCAGUCAAAUGGAUCUCGUAUCAGUACAAUACAGGAUGGAAUAUGUCUGGAACAACAUGUACAGAUAUCUCAAAUUUAGAUUUGAUCUGUGGAAAUAACAUGCAAACUGGUGAGGAUACUGUAACAAAAAUGAUUAUCCGUGCACCAAAGGGUGAACCACCAGGUAUGCCAGACCCAUCGAUGACCAAAUUAUACUUUCCAAAGAUGAUGGAGCUGAAUAUGAUUGGUGCAGUUCGACAGAAUACAUCAUUUAACUUAUUUUCAUUGCUUGACAACUCUGGCAAUAGUCAAUCGAUUGGUAGUAUUCAAAUGACACAGUGUACAGCUGAUGGAAUUGAGGUCCCUGCCUUUUUCCCAGAGUUCUUGCCCGUUACAUUUUUCUCAGCAACAUCAACACUCUUCACCUCAUCGAUACCUCAAUCAUUAUUCUCUUCUGUUUCGCUAGUAUCAAUGACAUUGAAUUUCAUCUCAUUCGAUAAUCCAACUAGAACAUUAUUCUUUGAUCCACUCAAGACCUAUAAUGCCCUUUCCACCUUGAUAAUUAAUCAUCCCAACCAUCCAUUAUUUAACAACUAUAUAAUUGAUGAUGAUCAUUUUCCAAUUAUUAAUUCAAUUCAAUUAUAUAAUCCCUUUGAUCACAACGUUACCAUCAACUCAUCCAAACUAAAGUCUUGGCAGUCAUCAUUCAACACAGUCACUCCCAACAAUUCAUUCGUUAAUGUUAAUGUUGCCCCAGCAUUAAUAAGUUUGGGAGUAGCAAACUGUAGGAUCCUACCUCUCUCAUUGACUCAUUUAAAUCUUACUCAUUUAUAUCUAAGCUACACCAAUGAUAUAACCAAUGUAAAGAACCUGACUGCUUUGCAAAUUAAAGGACCGUUGUUCACUCAAUUCCCUCAAUCAAGCUAUUUCAAGACCACUGGAGGUACUCUAACUAUACAGGAUUCAAAUUUAUCUGGACCAUUGCCACCUCAAUUGGCACAAAGUCAUUUGUACUCUUUGUAUAUCGCCAAUUCAAGUGGAUCCAGUGUGAAGGUCAAUGGAGAGGUACCAGAAUAUGCAUGUUCAAUUGAGAAUGUUGAUCUCACUGGCACCUCAGUCACAUCAGUACCAUCAUGCUUCAUGUGCUACGCCAGUAACUUCACCAAUAGGAUCAAAUUGCCCUCCACCGUCACCAUUCCCUCAGGCUUUGUUUGCAAUGUAAUCUUGGACACUGAGUACUUUAUAAUUCCAAAGGGUACACCAAUGCCACAUACAUUGACAUUGACUGGAAAGAACUUUGGCUAUAAUCAGAUUAAUGAUUUCUCUCCACCAUCAUUGACAAAGAUAUACGCAAACACUCUAUAUACUGUCCAGAUCAAUUCCACAAGUGGCAAUAUGACAUUGGUAUUCUCAAAGAUGAACCAGGUCAGCAAGAUGAUAAAAUGGUCUCCAGAGACCCCAACCAAUGUUUCCCAGGUAAUAGGUGAGAUCAAUGGAAAGGAGAUAUAUACUUGCUAUGCCAACCUGACACAACCAAAGUUGAACAACCUUGCAUCUAUUGGCACUACAAUUACAUCAAUGAACGACUUACCAAUUAAUCCACAUUACUGGCCAAACAUUUGGGAUGCAACACCCUUGACUACUGAAGGUGGAAAGACUACUUUGACGGGAUACAUUGGUGUUGAGAUCGUAACCACUAGAGUUGUGAUCAAUAAUGUAGAAUGUGACAUCACUGAUACCAUUCAAAAUGGUGGAGCUGGUCAGUUCGUAUGCAAUGUCCCUGGUCCCCUUCAACCAGGAAUGGCCAACCUCACAGUUCUAAUCAACACCAAGCCAUUCACAUCAUUCCUUGUCCUAAAGAUUGAGGGAAACAAUCAACCAACGAUUAACAAUUGUCUUGCACCUGGAUCAGUAACAAAUUGCACUGGCAAUGGUCUAUGUAUCAAUGGAGCAUGUCAAUGUAAUGAUGGUUAUGCUGGAUAUUAUUGCGAGGGACAGCUCAAUCCUGGUGUGAUCAUACUUCCAAACAAUACUUCACCAUCAGUGGACAUCAUCACACCAUCAUCACAAUUCCAAUUCAAUGUUGUGGCCAUUCAAGAGUUGAAUGGGACUAUGGGACUCGUCAAGGAGAUGAUCACUGAUCGUUGGACAUACAAUGAGAACACAGUCGAUCAAUUGAAGAUGUUCAAUUACAAACUGGACAUUGAUCAGUCUGAUGAUACAUGGUCCGAUCUCAAUGUGAUGGUACAGUUCUCUCAAUCACCCUUGGCCAGACAAGUCCAAUUUGCCGGACAUACUGUGAGCUACACUCCAAAUGCUAUCAAGAUGACACUGAACAUCACUGGAUGGUCAUUCGAGUCCAAUCUCAACAUGUUGCGUGUGGUCUACAAGAGUGACCUUCAGGUCAAGGACGGCGAUGGACAAUGCAGGGGCUCGAGUGUUGAGCAACAGGUCGACCCGCUGGCCAACCUCCAGUUCCUCAAGAUCGUCUACAGGAACGCAUCGUACUAUGGCAGGUUCUUGCCAUACGCCUCUGUGGAUGGUCGCCCCAGCUACUCACUCAAUCAAGUGAUCAACACCACCAACAACAACGAGACCACUUACAUUGGCACCGCGAUGCCCAUUUGCAAGCAGUGCUGGAUCGAUCCAGACUUCACGGUUCUCACAGCUGUUGACAACAGUGUUGCUGAUGGAUGUGUCACCAAAGGAGGUGGUGACGACAAGGCAUUGAGUACAUGGAAGAUUGCAGUCAUUGCUGUAUUCGCCGGAUUGGUUGGACUAUCCGUCAUCGUUGGCAGUGCCAUCUUCAUCCAAAGAAGAGCAGUCUACAACAGGGAGAAGAUGAGAAUAUCACACAAGCUUCAUCAAAUGGAUCGUAACAAGCAUGAACUAUAA